CCGGCUUGUGAGGACAUUACAGUAAAGGAAGCGGAGAGAACCAUGUCUAAACCUCCGCCUAAACCCGUGAAACCAGGUCAGGUGAAAGUGUUCCGAGCCCUAUACACAUUUGAACCCAGAACACCAGAUGAGUUAUAUUUUGAAGAAGGGGAUAUACUUUAUAUAGCGGAUAUGAGUGACACAAACUGGUGGAAAGGAACCUGCAAAGGAAAAACAGGCCUUGUACCCAGUAACUAUGUUGCUGAGCAAGCCGAGUCUAUCGACAAUCCAUUGCAUGAAGCUGCCAAAAGAGGCAAUGUUAGCUGGUUAAGAGAAUGUUUGGAGAACCGGGUCGGGGUGAAUGGAUUAGACAAAGCCGGAAGCACAGCCUUAUACUGGGGAUGCCAUGGUGGCCAUAAAGAUGUCGUCGACCUGUUGCUUGCACAGCCCAACAUUGAACUAAACCAACAGAACAAGCUCGGUGACACCUCGUUGCACGCUGCAGCAUGGAAAGGAUAUGCUGACAUUGUACAGUUACUGAUUUUAAAAGGUGCAAGAACAGAUUUAAGGAAUAAUGAGAAAAAGCUGGCACUUGACAUGGCUACAAACGCUCAGUGCGCCUCACUGCUCAAAAAGAGACAAGGGCAAGGUAUUGUACGAUCAUCCAGCAACGCAGACGAAUACCUUGACGACGAAGACUCGGAUUAGUUAUCGCCCCUAUGCUUUUAGCUGCAAACGUUUGACGUCCCAUUGAGAAAUGUUAUUUGCCCCGGGCAACCUCACCAGUACAUAAAUACCCCCCCUGAUAUUCUUGACAAUUCAUUGUACAUUCCCCGUACUGUAUUGCACAUUUUUACAAUGGAAAACAAAAGUUCUACUCUCUUUAUUGCUCACGUAGCAAAAUUAAUGUCUUUCUAUAUGUCUGAAUUUCUGAUCUGAGUGUAAGGGGCAAUUUUUUUUAAAAUGUGAGAUAAAAACUCCCCACAAAGAAAAUCACCCACUUUCUAUUCAUUCCUAUGGGAUUUUUUAGGAGUGUAUUUACCAGUAAAUUCACCAUUUCAUUAAUACACUUCUAUAAAUCCCAUAAGAACAAAUAGAAAGUGAUUUUUUUUUUUUGUGGUGAGCUCUAAUCUCACAUUUUUCAUAAAUCUGCCCCAAAUUUUUGUCUGUCUUCAAGCUUUUCUUAUACCCUUCCUCCUUCUUUUUUAUUAUUAUUAUUUUUUUUUUUUACAAAUGAAAAAGUAGAAUUACUGUAGGAAUACAUCUUGAAAUAAAAUGUUUUGAUCAUAA